UCAGCCCAACCGUCUCUUCGCUCCUCACAAAUUCGGUUUAAUGUGGUUUGAAAAUCUAAUGUUCUAACAGGAAAAACAUCAUGUCCUCUUUUGUUUCCCGUAAGUUUAGCAGGCUGGCUGCAAAAUAAACAUCGUUCACCAAAAUCAAAUGUUGGUUCACUGGAACGCAGAGGAUGUUUCUUCAUCAGCCGUAUGUUUCUUUAUGUAGGAACGAAUAACCUUUACAUGACAGUAUUUCUGCCUGCAUUUUUGAUGUACACGCUGUCCUGCAAAAGUUUGGAGUGUGUCGCCACGUAGUUUACUUGCAUUGUUGAUGCCAUCGCUUCCUUUUUGCCUAAGUUCCACUGUUUCGAGGCCAUUGGUUGAUAAUUCCUUGCAAAUUACACAAUACUCCAUCGUGUGAUGUUAACCGGACGAUAAACCACUUCUUUAACCAUCUAUACUUUACCUUCACACGACAUUUUUCACUAAAGUACCACUCUGGACGUCCAACAAUGCGUUUCUACCAAUACUCGUCUAAAUAAAUGUCUUGUGAAGCGAAGAACUUUGUUAGUUUGAAGGCCAGAGAAUCGUCCAGAGCAGUUGUACGGAGCAAGAAUUUUCCAAACCAAACAAUCGAGAGUCUUUAGAGUCACUGAUACACAUAUAUACUUAUUGAUAGAGAACUAAUUCAAGGAAAACUGUUGCUUUCCAGUUCUCGAAAUAAAAUUUCUACGAUGUGAUCAAAAAGUUGUUCAAAUCUUUACAUUUAAACACGUGCACGCAUUUUGUUUUCCAAUUACGCCUAUUGUUUUUAGCUGUUUGCUGUAAAAAUUUACGCAUAUAUUUUGAAUAAAUUGCGCGGCAGCCAUUUUGAAUUUAGAAAAAGAAUGCAAUCAUAAAACUGUAAUUUCAUCAUUUUAUCCUUCGAAACGUUUGGUAGACUUUUGACAUGUUAUUUAUAGGCAUCAGUAGAAUAACUUCCGGCAAAAAUAAAUUCUGUUGCAAUUACUUCAAGGUUCGGUCUUUUUUUCUCGUAGAAUGACUAGACUAUUGGCGUUCGGCGGAUAUUUUUCACUGGAACGACGGGAAAAGUCGUGCUGACGUCUAUCUACUUUUCAAGACACUAUUUUGCAAAUAUAUAGUUAGCGAAUAUGAGUUCAGGGCUAACUUACGAACCUUUUUCGCAUGUUCCUUCCUUCACACAUUUUAUUUUACCUAAUGCUAGUGCACGUUAAUUACCCAAAUACCCUACAUUAUUUAAAACAGUACUUUUUAAAAAAGCUUCAUUGACUAAAAAAGUCAUUUCGUUUCUACAAGAGUCUCUUCGUGCUUUCUGUUUUAGACUUGGAUGAAUGUACCACUGGUUCCCAUUCUUGUGACGUCAAUUCCGUAUGUCAGAAUACCGUGGGUUCAUACACAUGCUCGUGUAAUUCCGGCUACACAGGAGAUGGAAAGCCUUGCAAUGGUAUUUAACACACCGUCAAACCUUCAUGUGAGACUACCUCUCUUCCCAUAAGUGGCGAUAGAAUAACAAAUAUCAUAACUUUUGAAUUUCGUACAAUAAGUUAGUAGAAAAUAAAAAAAAUAACAAAAAAAUAGAAAAUUUCGGGAUCUGAAUACUCGGAAAAGACACCUGCUGUCCAAUUCUCGCAAGCGACCAUCUCUAGUAAGUGAUCACUAAAUAUUCGUAUUUUGGGUGUUCGCUAAGGGAGGAUCGACGGUAAUAAUUGAAGAGAAGACAAGCUCAACACUGUCAUGUCGUUAGUGCAUGUCGUGUUUGGUAAAAAGCCUAAAACCAGAUUUUGUUAAAAAAGAAAAACAAACAAACAAAUAAAUACACGACCUUAUCGACUAUCCGAUAGAUAUGAUAUAAGUGAUUCUAACGCUCUAAGCAAUUUACUCGUUCUCCUGCAGAUAUCGACGAGUGUUCUACCAACUCUCACAGUUGUGACGUCAAUGCGGUGUGUAGCAAUACGGCUGGAUCGUACGCAUGCGCGUGUAAAGCAGGAUUUACAGGCGAUGGAAAAACUUGCUCCGGUAAGCUGCUGUGGCAAUGUCAAAAUUGACUUUCAGGACGAUGUAAAUGUGAUUCUAUGCCCCUCUAUUUGCUAUAUUCGCUCAGUACAUGAAAAAAUGUUAAGAAAAAAGAAAAAGAAAAAAAGAUGGUCAUGACAUAAAUGAUCUAAAAUUUCAAUUCAAGUAAAACCAAAACAAAACAAGCUCAAAAGAAGUUGCAGAAAACAACUAAAUAUAAAUAAGUAUGAUUGCCUCAGCCGGGGUCACUUUUAACGAAAAAUAUUUAAUGGUAUUGCAACUGAGCUAGUAGGAGCACAUUGCCCGUAUUAUAUGUUAUGAAAAUCGCUUUGGCUCGUUAUGCAUUUAAGCAAGGAAUACUCCCUGUUUUUUUAUUCCAUGUUAUGUCUCACUCUUAAUAUUUUGCUAGAAGGCAUUUGUAGUUAAGUGGGAUUAAUAACACAGCGCAAACAAGAAUAUAUGACCUUACUGAUGACAGGAUCCAGUGCAUGACUUACGAGAAGGUUUCGAUCCUCUUUUUUUUUCCCUAGAUAUCGACGAGUGUUCUACCAACUCUCACAGCUGUGACGUUAAUGCUGUGUGUAGCAAUAAUGUGGGAUCUUACGCAUGCGCAUGUAAAGCAGGAUUUACAGGCGAUGGAAACACCUGCACUGGUGAGCCGUUUAAGUCUAAUGUAAAACGUUUGUUUGAUAUGUUUGUUUUUAUUUGUACUCUUCUUGCCCUUCCAAUAAAGUUUUUGGUUAGAUGGGAAAAAAUUACAGUAAAAAUGACCGGUUGGAGUAAGCGAACAGACAAGCAAUUAAUAAAAAUAAAGUACAGGCGCCAGUUGUACAAAAGCUGGAUAUGGUGCCAUCAAAUGGAUAAAUCACAGCCUGUGUGGUUCAGUAGAUAAAUAUUAGGGAUCAACUGCGCUAUCCACUGGAUAGAGAUUUGUCGAGUGGAUAGGGUUAUCUAUCUUUUGAACAAAAGGGGCCAGUUCGGCGAGAUGCGCAAAGUCGUUAGACGUGCGUAAAUGCAAUUGUUUUUUGUCAAAUAAGUGCAACAAAAUCGAUUGUUUAAACCCGCGACCAACUUUUAUUUUAUUUUUUUUUUCUAUCUUGAGCAUGAAAUAAUUAAGAAUCCUUCAGGAAACGGGGUAAUUUCAAUUUUCAGGGGACCAAACCCUUGCAACAGAAUAAUUUAAACGAUAUUGCAUUCUUUUUUUUUACUAUUUUCAAGGGCUAUUAAUAGUUAUACAUUGUAAUUAGUUAUCUGAAAUAACUCCAAAGACUAUUUCUCAUGGGAACCCGAGAAAAUAAAAUGUCAAAUUUCACAACAGUUGUGAAAACACGGGUAAAAUUCUGAAAAUUUCAUGUGUAAGAUGUCUUUUUGUGAAAUUUGACAUAUAUUAUCUCUGGCUCUCAUAAGAAAUUUUCUUUGGUGUUACAUGUAUUACAGAUAACCAAUAAUUACAUCUAUAGCCCUUGAAAUAUGUCAAAAAGAAGGCGAUAUUGUAAAAUUAUAUUGAAAAAUAAAAUUAUUCAAUUUCCUGAUGGAUUCCGUCUUAAUUCUGUUUUAACUUGUUUCGUCUUUGCAAAGAAAACGGUUAUACAGGUUAUGAUUACACAUACUUUUAUUGUUCCCUUUUUUUUAUAGAUAUUGACGAGUGCACCAGCGGUACCCACAACUGCCACAGUUCACUUGCUUCAUGUACAAACACAGCGGGAUCCUUUAGCUGUACAUGUAACAGUCCUUACUUCGGAGAUGGCAGAAGUUGCUAUAUACCAACAGGUGAUAAUUCGCCGAAUAUUACGGGGAGAUGUCCAUUCACUAAACCCUUAUUUACACUCGUUGGAGGUGCAUUAUUCCGGGGGGGGAAUAUUUAAGUAGAUUUUUGCUGGGUAUGUGCCGCUGGCCUCUCAGAGCCGUUAUGCCCUUAUAGUCUAUUCUGUAACCAAUUAUAGAUUGCUGAAGCCAUCUUAGUCACUUUUAGGCAAACAUGUAAUUUUCGCGAUCCCAACUUAGUCACUUUCUAUUUUCAUGAAUUGACCCAUUUUUUAAACUAAAUGAAGAGCACUUUACUUUUAACCUACAGUACAAACAUUCUGGUGAAGCUUUCAAUAUUAUCUAUUCAAUAUUUUAUUGUUUCUGAUUGUCUGUCCCGCCGCUAAAUCCUCAAAACCGGCACAUGGUUACCAUACUUGGAGGUCGAUGUAGGCAGUACCCAAUCGAUGGCAUGCUCCUCCUCGAUCUGCAUAAUUCCUCACAUCAUACUCAGCUUCAUUCAAUAAUUUUUCAAUAUAUGAAAUAUUUGUGACUCAAUAAGGUUCUCAAUAGAAGAGGAAAACUUUGAACUUGUUUCCGCCAUGUUAAGGCGAGUGCAUCACAUUGAUCACGAGCGAACCAUUACAUCAUUCACGAUAUAUUCACUAUUACUUUCAAUCCGGAGAAUUGAUUUGUCUAAUUUUGCCGAUUAACUGCGAAUGCGGUCAACUUUAACCGUCGAGACCCAGCUGUUGUUUAACGAAAAGUUUGAAAAUAUAGAUCCUCAGAGAAAGUUCCCCUAAAUCUUAAUUUGCUAGUUAGUAUCUUUUUAUCUUUGUUAGUAUCUAUUUGUUUUAGUAUCUUGUGUUUGGAUUUUAUUUAAUAUUCAUUCACAGUAACCUUUGAAAUAAAUUCAGUUUGCUACAUCCGCUUUCCUUUCCCUUACAGUGUAUUUUAUUUCGCUCUUCCUUCCCUUUACCCUUGUUUAUUAAUUCUGUUCCAAUUUGUUUUAUGACCUUUUUCCAAAAACGCCAAACGAAGAUAAAUGCGUCUUCAGUUAGUAAUGUAUUCGUAUGGUGCGCAAGUCACGUUGUUGUUGUUGUUGUUGCUUUUUCUACAUUAGGAGCUUUUACAAUAGAGAGCCACCACAGGAAUGAGAACGUCAUAAAAAUCAUAAAAUUAGAUUAGCAACUUUACCCCUUUAUCAUGCUUUUCAAUAAUGUGAAACCUCGUUUAAAACUUAUCAAUAUUCAGUAGGGGUAUCGUCCAAUGGACUUUACGAAUUCAGUCACUUGGGGCGGGGCUUUUAAAUUCGGUCUGAGGAAAAAUACUCUAGUUAAAACAACUGAAAGAUUUGAUUUAAAUACUAUAAAUAUAUGUUCUAGUUAAUUUUUUAUUUCAGUUAUUUUUUUCCUUUGUUUUAAAUUCAUUAGCAUAUAUUACCAUACCCAAAAACAAUGGAAAAAUAAAAAUUAACUGAAAUAAAAAAUUAACUUCAACAUAUACAUAAAACGUGAACUGAGAAAUCACCAGACUAAUCCAAUUUUACGACUGUUUAUUCAUCGAGCCAAGAAUAAGUCGAUGAAGUGCGAAGUCGCGGUGACUAUUCACCGAUAUUCACGUCGCCUGAGGCGACUAAUUGUUUUAGUAUAAUUACAUUGAUGAUUAUUCGAGAAGAUAAAAUUAUUGAUCAAUUUCCGACUCCGAAAUAUCAACAAAUCUGGCUGCCAUUUUGAAAACUGCUCGCCUUCAAUGCCGUAAUCACUGCGCGGUGAUUAUAGCGGGAUAAAGCGAAGCUCCUAGCCAAUAAUAGCGCUCUAUUUUCGAUAAUCAUCAAUGAAAUACACUAAAACAAUAUAUUUUAUAAGAAUAUCGAGGCUGAAAUCUGCGAAAUUUUAAAAAUGUCAUAAGAAUAAACCCGAGGCUGAGAUUUCUAAUAGGAUAUAAAUUUCUGUGUUGAAAAUCUUUCAUAAUAGAAUUACAAUGCAAUACAAUUAUAUGUUUUUAACUUAACUGAUAUUAUAAUUAUUCCUUUCUCUAAACGGGAAAACUAGCAAGCAAACUUUAAAAAAAGAAAAAAAAACACUACAUAAAACCAAAUGUUCAAUGCUAAUAACACUUAGAUGAACGGUAUACAUGCUAAAGCGAAAAGAAAAAAAAAAUGCUUCAAUUUAAGAAUAAUACAAGAAUAUUUUAAGCCUAAAAUCGGCAGAAAAAAAAAGAAUAGUCAGCCUGGGCCAGAAAAAAACAACAUUCUAAUAAAAGAAAACGAAACAGUGUAAUCUCCGCCACUUGUACAAUUUACAAGUAACUGAAAAUAUAGAAAAUAACAUAAUUAUCUACAUAAAUUAAGUAACCGAAGUUACUGCAGUAAAAAUGGGUAAGCGAGAACUAUUUUAAAGACCCCUGUUAACCGAUUUUUGCUUUAAGUCGUAUAGCCAUCAAUAUGACACUAGCCUCAUAGAUCCAGACGCACCAGUCAUGAUUUCGUACUGAUCUUCCCGACCUGGUCUUGCAUGUCCUGCCAUAGAUUAUUUCAACGUCACUUCCUUUGUCACUUUCAGUAUCUCAAUUUUCCCUCGUAUAUCUGGUUGCCGUAUGUCCUGUAUCUUGUUGUUGGCUUACUUUUCAAUACAUUUUUAAUCCUUGCAAUCCAUUGCAGCAGACGACGGGAAAUAAUAUCAAUGCCAAAAUAUAUUCUUAUAAAUAACAAAACUGGACCUUUAUUUUGGAAUUCGAUUAAUGCCAAUUUUUUAUUUUUUAUUUUUUAUUUUUUUUUUAAUUAAGAUAGCAAAUAGCAUGACAUAGUCCCGUGACGCGGGUGGUAAAGUUCUCUAUCCAGUCCCUCGUCACAACUUCAUCUUCUUCUGUCACUGUUUGCACCGAUGGGAGAGAUAUAGUAGUUGAGGGUGCUGAAAAAGGCAUGAAAGUAUUUGACACGGCACAAUUCGACUUUUCGUGACUGUAGCCCACUUCAUAUUCGUAGUUCUUUUACCCGAUUCCUUCUCUUUGGUUCCAAACAUAACCCUAGUAAGUGCAAGCUGAUGCGGGUUGAUUUUUUGCAUUAUAAUAGUUGCUACAGUCAACCAAUAGCGGUAGGAAGUUCUGUUAUUGAAUCGGUGGAAUCGUUUAAGCUCCUCGGGGUGUACAUUUCCUCGGACCUCAGCUGGUCGACUCAUUGCGACUAUAUAAUAUAUAAAGAAAUCAAACCGCCGCCUUUAUGCUCUAAGAAAACUGAAAGCUUGUGGGGUGCAAGAUGGGGAGUUGGUGGCUGUGUAUUGCUCCCUACUUAGAUCUGUUCUAGAGUAUGCAUCGGUAGUUUUUGCAAAUUUACCGCAGUAUCUCUGCAUGGCUUUAGAAAGAGUGCAAAAGAGAGCCCUACGAAUCAUCUUUGGUCCUGACUUGAGCUACGAGGACACCCUCGCGCGUGCCGGGCUUCUGUCUCUAGAGGCCAGACGCCACCUGGCGUGCAAGAAAUUUGUGACAGAAACUAUGCACGCUAGCCCGCUUUACCGCCUAGUAUCCAGCAGGGUCAUCUCGUCGCAAACCUCGUAUUCACUGAGGUCAGGUCCAUCAGGCCAUGUGUUACCCGGCCGAACUGACCGGUUCUCAGAAUUCGUGUCAGUUAAAUAUUCGCCGUAUAUCGAUUGUGUGUAAUAAUGUGUAUGCGAUUUCUACCAUAUUACUGCUUUAUUAUAUUUAUGUUUUUAUAUUGAUAUAUUUAUAUGUAUAAUUGUAUGUUUGUAAGUGCUUUGCCUGACCCUACCUGUAAUUCAGAGAAAUCUGCGAAUGGUGGAAAUAAACAAAUAUUAUAUUAAAUAUUAUAUUAUAUUAUUAUAUUAAAGUCUUGGGCGUAGUUCAAAGCACUGAAUGUUUUGCGUUGAAGUGAGAAACCGCGUGUAGGUUUUCCACCUGAGUUGUCAGAAGUUUUUCGUACCUCUAUACACCAUGCAGACUUUGUCGACAUCCUCUUUCGAGUUCCUCAAUGUUACCUUUUUCGCAGAUGUACCUUAUUCGCAUAUUUUAAAAGCGUCAUAAAGAUAUCCAAGCGUUUUAAGAAAUGAAACUGUUUCAGAAAGACAGGUUUAAAUACGAACUUAACAAUUUCAAUGGUUAGUACUGCAAAAUCAGUUACAAAGAUGAUUUCUCGUAAGUACAAAUUCCAUGUAAUUAAAGGAAAGAUGAUUAUUUCUUUCAGCCAUCAGAAUUUUUUUUGACCAGAUCAAACGCUAAGAGUCACAACUUUUUACUUAGGGUAGUAUUGUUUAACUUGACGACCUGUUAAGUCCGUGAAAACAGUAUUUUCCUUUUACGAACACAUCUUGUUAAUAUUAGAAGACGAAUAAUUCGUUGAGUUUUCUACAACCAGCUCUGUAAAAGACGCUUUCUGUCUGCGGGACAGAAAAAAGACAGAAAAUAGCAUUUCUCUUUUUCAAACUUUGUUGCUUUCAUUAAAAUCAACGAUCGUAUUCAGUACAAUAAAUAGAAUGUCACUCAACUGUUAAAUUUUCAUUUCUCAGUUAACUGCUACUUUUUUGGCCAAAUAUCAAAUAACUGCUAACCUUACUGGCACCCCCUUGAAUCAGCUUCAUGAUUACAAAAUUGAUAUCGUUACCUGUAAUUAUUAAUUAUGGUCAAUUCUGAAAUAUUCAAGCACUUUUUUAUAUAUGCACGGACCUAUUUUCCCUGGGAAAUACUCGGCAAAGCUAAAGGCGGUACAUGCAUACAUGUAUUCCUGUGUCAAAAUUUAACGUCGUAUGUAACAGAGAUAACUCAUCGGUUUAUACUGGCACAAGUUAUGACAAUCCCUACUGCUGAUGGGUAAUAGUGUUUUCUUCCUGUGGUUUUGUUGGUCAACAGCGAGGAUGUGGUUGGGGAAGUUAGAACAUGAAAAGUUCCCCUCUCUUACCUCGAGCUUGCCCCAUGAAAGGGAAUGCGGAUUCCGGAGUCCAAUAAAUUUUUGCUGGUGGAAUCCAGAAUCUGGAAAAUUGCUUGUGGAAUCCGGAAUCCUAGCCUUUGGAAUCCGUAAUCCCUCUAAAGAUUUAAAUCCAGAACCCAAGUUCAAUUGACAAAGACUGAAAUCCAGUCCCUAUAAUCCGGAAUUCACGGCUUGGAAUCCAGAAUCCAAGACUGUCUUAGAUUCCCUUAUUUCGAUCGAGAUGAUGUAGAACUGAAUGAAACGUUGCUAGCGACUGAUGUUCUUUCUCUUCUUUUGUAUCAGAAUGUCAGAACUACGGGAGUCUCAACAGCGGAACCCGAAGGACUUCGUAUGGCUUCGGCUUUUAUUGUGAUAACAGUCUUGGCCCUGGAUGGUUCCGUUUCCAGGGGUCUGCUGGCACAAGAAUGGCAACAUCAUGUCCAGCUUACCAAAGGUGUGGUACCAAUAAUAGCGGCUGGCUAAAUGGUGGACACCCCUCAGUAGCAGACGGUCAGGUCACCAGGACGGUGUAUUUUAGAGGUUAUUCCCACUGCAUUUAUUACUCAACAAACAUCAAAGUGAGAAAUUGUGGUUCAUAUUACGUGUACUAUCUUAGUGGUACACCUGCUUGUUAUCUCCGUUACUGUGGCACUAACUAGACACAAAUGCAAACAAAGUCUAUACAUAUUCUAUCAUUUCACUGAAGUAGGCUUUAUUGUAAAAACAAAGUAACCAUCUAAAAGGAAGACCCUACUUAUACUUUAACUUCAAUAUCAAAAUCUGUUUUUAUUCUAUGGCCAUGUCUCAAAAGGAUUGGAAACAAACAAAUUCAAGAAUUUGAUUGGCUAAAAUCGAUCUUGACCGCGGUCUAGAUUUUCCCAUCUAGACCGGCAUCUAGACCGAUCUUGACGUAACAGUUGUCCUCAAAAAGUUACAAACAAAGAAUAUGAAAAAAUUGGCUUGUUCCUGUUAAUAAUACUACAUGGAAGAAUCAGUGGACCUUCACGAGGAAGCAGGUAAAGAAAACGAGCAAACAGUGGCAAAUUUGAGUCCUGCCGAGGAAGCUACGAGCAAAGAUGAAGUCGAAAUUGAGAAAUAUUUGCAGGAGCAGAAAUAAAAAAACACUCAAUACAAGACUAAGAGCGAUUUAAACGCAUGGAAAAAUUUUGCGAGUCACUGAAAGAGUCUAGAGCAAUUGAAAACACACCUGCCAAUGAGCUCGAUCUUCUUUUGUCCAAAUUUUUCAUCUCCGUAAACAAAACGUUCAGCCAAACUUCGUUGCACAGCUAAGCGAUCACAAACAUUUGAAAAGUCUCGACAGCUACCAUUCAGCAUCUCUGAAGCAUCUCUUUGCUUUCUUGUUUGGCCAUAUAAUAAACAUCUUAUUAACCGAGCUAGGUCGGUCUGUAUGGGAGAAUCGUGACCUCGGUCGCUGGUACAGACCUCACUGCGUUCGGUCUGUACUGGCGACCUCGGUCAAGAUUCUCCCAUACAAACUUCCCGCUCGGUUAAUAAGAGCUAAAUAAUAACUUUAGCAAAGAAAGAAAAAGUGAGAUAGGACAACGUACUACUUUUAAACCAUUUGGUAGAUUAUAGUGCUUAUAACGUAAACAUUUUUAUUAUGUAAUGGCGACUUAAUUUUUAAUGACACUCUUCAAAGAAAGCUUUACAAAUGACUUAAUUCAGGCAGAUUACAAAACUUUUCGAUGCAACUAGCUCAAAACACAAAAUGAAAAAAAGGUCUAACUUGGAACCAGACCUUUCGGGGCUUGAGACGUGGUCUCCGCGCCGCUUACAUGAAAUUUUCGAGUAAAACAAGAAAAAAAUCAGGUCAAUGAAAACUUAGAAAAAACUCCAAAACAUAUUAUGUUAACUGAAAUUAAUUCUAAUUACUGAGUCUAACAGCGGCAUGCAUUUGCUAAAUAAACUACGAUGGACAGCAUGAUAAUUAAGAUGUAGGAAGUACGGAGUAUAAAACUGCUUCCUUAUUUUUUGAUCGGUCCAGGGAAGCACUCUGUGAAAUCGGGAGCGAAAUGGACAUAAGGACUAGGGAUACAGUCAACUCUCACCUUGCGGGCACCCUGCUAUUACAGGCACCCCGGCAAUAUGAACAGCCGCUCAAUCCCUCCCUAUUGCGGACUUGUGUUUGCUAUCAAGGACACUAACUCGGGGUCCUUAGAGUGACCUCAAUAAACGAAAGUUGACCACACAGGGUUGAGCCCUGAUUUUUUGGACUAUAUUAGAAUAGGAGUUUCAUUGAAAAAUAAAAGCGCAAUUUAGUGGCAUUAAUAACCUCCUGCUCUUGUACGUUGGCGUAAUUUUACUUCAGAAUCCCUCAGGCUUUUCCUUUCUUGUGCAAAAUUAGGAGGGCUUUGUUUUUUUAAACCUCAACGGGAUUACCAAAUUUUUCAUGAAGGAUCAAUCGAAAUGAAUUCAGGUCUAAGCAGUAAAAAGACGCCAUCUCGUGUCAUCAUUGCACACGGGAUAUGGAGCGAGGACCUAUUAAGAUCAUUUUAAGAACAUUACAUUAAAGAAGAUACAUGUCCAUCUUAGAUAUAACUACCUGUGGACAACUGGAAAACAACGUGUUAAACCUCUGUCUAGUAGUAUGACGCAGUAGCG